AUGUCUCAUGAUUCGGAGCACGAUAAAAAGUGCUACGAAUACUAUCGUACUAAGUGUUUGAAAUUGCAAGAGCAGCUGAAUACGGAGCAGGAGAAGGCGAAUGAAGCUGUUCGCGAGUACUGUCUUCUUAUACAGAAGUCCGAUAAGGCACAAAGAGUCCGUAUUCAAGCGGCCUACCAGAAACAACAAGAUACUUUCUCCAAAAGAGCGAGCCAUCUCAACAAGAAAAUUGAUAGUUCUCGCAAGAAAAUGGAAGAAUUGAGCGGCGGCAGGAGCUCUUCUAAGGCAGAGAAUCGACAGGUUCCUAGCCCACUGUGUGCGCCCGAACCGAGAUCACUGAGCGUCCUCGACGACAGAUCCUCAAUCCUACAAAAGGAGAAACUGUCAAACGAGUCCCUUAAUUCGGCUCAUAAUGAAGAGCCGACGAGUGAAGACUCGAAGCUUCAAAUUACAGACCUUUCGGAACAACUUGCCGAGCGCAGUAAACAACUUGAAACAGACGUUUUUGAUUACACAGACAACCAGCAGCUCGAGAUUCAACAAUUAAAGAAUCAAAUCAAUGAGAUGAGUGAAAAAUUCGAAUAUGACAACCGAAGAAUCCAACGGGAAUUCAACGAAAAACUCGACAACAUUUAUGAAUGCAUCGAAAAGUUAGAACUCGGACGAUUGCGAGCAGAAAAGGCUCGACAAGAGCCCGAAGCUAUAGCUGGACUGAAAGAUGCAGUCAUCGCCAUCUUUACUGGAGUUUUGGCACUCAUAUUUUACAUACUCACAUUUCUUACAUUUCUGAUGGCCCCACUAACAAAAAAUCCUCUGCGAUCCACUGUUGCUAUUAUCGUACUUAUCUUUGCAAUUAUUUUCUACAGCAGAACUUCAUGGCUUUCCUCGACGUAA